AUGAGGGAGGACCUUCAGGAGCGGGAGGCGGAGAGGGAGUCGGGCGCAGUUGCGGUUGAGGCGUCGGCUGGGGAGUCCCUCGAGGCUGCUGGUGAUUCCGCCGCUGUCACUGCAGAUCCACGCGGUGACCAGGGCGUGGCGGGCGAUGAGGCUGGCGCUGGGUUCGCCGGAACGCCUGCUGCUGCCGCGGCCUCAGAAAGGCCUGAGUGCGACCAGGGGGAGAAUGGUACGCCGGUCCGCGGGACCCCUGGCGGCGGGAACGCUCCCCGCGGGAGGAUGGGGGGAGAGCCGCGGGACGAGGGGCCCGGGGCGGGGGGAGAGGUGUGCGGGGGGGACGAGGAGGAAGAGGUGCGGUUGUUGGCGGGAGGGCGGCACUGGUGA